AUGAAGUUCUGCGCAGCUUCCGGCGGCGGCGACAAGCUGGCCGAGCAGUUCGCCGCCAUGUCCGUCUCUCAGACAAACCCGGCCCCGGCCCCAAAAGUAUCACAGUCCCCGUCUCCCCCGGGCGCGCGUCCUUCUCUGGCCUCGCCGAAGACCGUGCCGCUGACUCCCUCGACCGUCCGUCCGACUAAGCGCGACGCUUCGCAGACGCUCGAUUCGCCGCCCGUCUCGUCACCCAACCCGACUGCCGAGCUCGGCACCAUCCUGUCCGCCAUGCGCAAGCUCCGCGAGGCCAUCGUAGCUUCCCACCGCACCGAUCACUUCGCUCAGCGCGCCUACAUCUUCAUCAUACACGCCGCCAUCCUGACCAAGUCCUGGGAGUCGUAUCUGCCCGCCCUGCGCUAUCUCCUCAACCACAUCCACGCCCACACCCCCAUGACAAGCUCCGAGUUCAACGAGUUUGCCGGCUACUACGUGCUCGACCUGGCUUGCCGCCAAGGAGACCUUGCCUCCGCCUUUGCGCACAGGUCCAGGCUAGGCCUCGCCUAUUCAGACCCGACGGGCCGUGUCGAUCGCCUGCUCCGAGCGCUGGUUAUGGAUGACUGGAUCAGCUUUUGGCAGCUGCAUAAGCUGGUCGACGGCUACCAGAAGCGCAUUCUCGAGUUCAAGGAGGACGACAUCCGCCUCCACGCUCUCAAGUGCCUUGGUAGGAGCUACUUCGGCGCUGAAAAGGGGUACAUCGAGAAGUGCACUGGCCGCGAUUGGGAUCAGCUCGUAAAGAGCGGGGUCGGGUGGGAACUUCACGAGGGGGAUAAGGUCGUUAUCCGCCGUCCAAAAGCAAGGUGA